UAAUCUUAGAGAUGUAUAUUCGUAUAUUCCAUUCCCCCGUCCCCCGAAUCCUAAGACUAAGAGUAAAUAGAGUAAUAUGGGACGAGCGGGAGCGGCGUUUCCGUGAUCUCGGUGCAGAGACUGGAAUUGAUUGAUUGGAUGUGCAAGAGUUGCCUCGGUGUGAGACAUGGUCGGGGAACUUGAAGAAUGGAUUUCCUAUUACUGUCUAGCUCGGAAAGAAGUCAGUUGGGAGUUUUCGCUGCCUGACUCGAUGAAGACUAAAAGUAAUCAAGCGUACGGGGCAAAGAGGGAAUAAUUUCUGGGGGGGAAGUCAAGUAAAAAAAUAAAAAUAAAAAAUAAAAAUAAAAUAACAAACAUACAUACAUACAUACAUACAUACAUACAGGUACCACCUCACCUUCAUGUCUCAGAUUUCGCUAAGCUCGCCCUGUCUAUUGGGGGGAAAUCACUGUGUUCCCGAAGUUGAAGUUACCGUGCAACUUUAUGCUGUCAUACAUAGCACAAUGCCAUACUGGAAUUGGGAGAUCUGCCAUGUGGUGGGAAGCCCAGCCGAUAAACUGAAGAGGGUUCCUGGUAAAAAGGCUCUCGUUAAAGGGUCAACAUUUCCAGGGCGCAAAGUUUUCAAUAAGUUUGCUCCGGAUGCCUCUAGGAUCUAUCACCAGAUCUCAACCCCUGGCAAAACUCAAUUUUUGGUUGAGAUAGGGGCGGUUGCGAUUGUGCCACUUCGUACGUCGGAGCAGUCACUUUUCACUAGCCGAAGAUCUCAAUACGAUGAGAUCGAGCCGUUUUGCGUCGGGCUUCGGGAAAAGGAGGAGGUUCCCGUGCACGCCCACUCAAUAGUGCGGUUAUCUGCUGUUAGCAAAUACCUAGUACGCAGUAGUGCUCUCGCUCUCGUUCGGUUGGUGUCGCAUAACGGGGACCCCGAUCCUUCGCGUCAAACUUCUGCACCCGGCAACCAACUUUCCCAAGAGUCUCACGGUAUCAACGUGGCCCAAUUACAGCGCCGAAACGGGUAG